CACUUUCGCAUGUUUUCUGUAAAGUAAUUACGUAAAAUGAUUUUAAUGAUGCGAUAAGUCUUAACGAAAUGUUUAUUUUCGUGUUUUUUACAAUAUUUAAACUAAUAGUUGGACAGCAUGAAUGCUCUUCUUUUUCACUACAACCACAUGUAAUGGGGGUAAAUGAAAAUUACGAAAAGGCGUUACAAAGUUAUCUUCAGCCAAUACGAAAACUAGCAGAGGAUUUUCCAGAACACAAAGUGGAAGUGCAGUUGGAAAUAAUUCCCGCAACAUCAUCUCGAACCAAGCCGACGAGCAAGAGGAUUCUUUAUAUGCGCAAAAUACACACGAAAGAGUUGCCUCUAGAACGACGCGAAUUGCCUGCAUAUAGUGACGAUAUAAUUGAACCUGAGGCGUUCAUCAACAGAAUGAAAUAUGAUGAUUACAAUCAUCAAGCAGACAGACGUGUACCUAUUCUAAGAUCAACAUCAAGUCAUGCUGAAUUAACACUACCAGAUUACCAGUCUGCCGAAAGCAUCACUGCAUCCUCUUCUACCACCGAAACGUGGCUUCAACAUUCCUCAAUCGAGUUUAGUACUGCACAUGCCUAUCCUCAGCAACAUGCUAUAAGCUUACCAAAUCUGGUAAACGCAGUUUACAAUGCACGGGCAGGAGUUACUCACACGACUAAGAGACCCGUCUAUAUGGAAGAUCUGAAAAAGGUCUUGGAUGAUUUUGAAAAGAAGAUGCAUGUUAUGCAUGCCGGUCUUCAUACAACGUCAACUACAGCAUCGUCUUCUGCAGUGUCUACUGCACCAGCAGACGCACUAGAAGACGCCAAGAGGCCAGUUCUUAAAAAAGAUCUUUGGAUGGCCUUGGGAAUGAAGUACAUGACGGAAUGUCAACACAACCACAAUAUGUUGAGCGCCACUCAAACAACCAUGUUGAGAGCGCGAAUACGGAAGGACGAAGUUUUGCACCGCCUCCACCCGAACAAUUCCUACCCCCCAAAACCUGGAAAGUUGGAGCGAAUUAUGAGUUUGCUUAAAAAAGGCGUGAACGUGGAUCGAGCGCAACCGAAAUCAGCCGAUGGAAAUUUACAAUGGUUACAGAUUAAAAUACCAAAAAAUGUAGAACAUGUGAUAAAGAAGUAAUAAACAUUACUUCUUUAUUGCAUGUUACACACGCACGAAGUAAGAUUUAGGUAUUGUUACAUAGUUAUUUAUAAAUUAAUUAAAUUUAUUUAUUACAAUCUUACGACAUUAAUGUAUUUUACUUGAUAAAUUAGUUUUCCAGUUCCAAAAUAUACCUAUAACAAAAUGUUGCUCAAUAAAGUUUGAACGUAUUAAACAAAAUGAUAAUCUACAUUACUAAUAAGUGGAUAUAUAGAUAUUAAUCUUUGUACAUAAAACAUGAUCGCUACAUAAAAUAUCACAUAACAAUAAAAACCAAGGCCGAACCACAAACUCGGUGUACACAAAGAACAAACACAAACUCAAUCAAUUACUGGCAGCGAAGCUAUUAUUUAAAAUGCUACUUGAGUAUUUGACCUUAAGAACUAAAAGACUGAUGAUAGAUUCAGACCCUCGCCAUGUUACGGAAUUUUAAGGAACAUUUUUUUUCCAUUGACAACAUGUACAGUCACGUGCGGUAAAAUAUACAUGGUGUUUAUUAAUUUUGUUAUAUGCCGAUGGAUUCUACCAUAUACAUAUACUUCACAAUACAUUUUGGCUAGUAAAUAUGAACGAGUGCUAAAGAAACUAAUGAUAAUUUGUUUUUUUUCCU